AUGGCCGGAAUCACAGAGUGCUUCAAGAAAGUUAUCCCAGACUUGCCGGCGCAAGUGACAGAGUCGUUGAUCUGCAGGAUGUCUGGAGAGUCUAGCAAUCCAUUACCUGCCGUACACAAGUGUUUAAAGGAACUUCUUGCCAGCGAUGAUCCUUCAAGAUUCCUUGGGGGCAUUGGUUUGCGCUUGUGCUUCGUACGACCACCUACAAACUACGCUGCAUAUUUGGAUCCUUACGACUUAGUUGAAAUCAUCCACCAGGCUAUCAAAGGGGAAAUCACCGAUGGGCUCUCUGUUACAACCGUUCUUUGCGAGCUUGCCUCUUAUGUUGUGGAAAAGCCGGGUCUCGCCUCGAGAGAUUCUGUGGAGUUAGUUAAAAUGUGUCUUAAAGAGACUGAUAUUGCCAACGCAGAUUUGGCUCUUCGCGAAACUGGGGCGAUCCAAAUUAUCCACACAUAUGCCGAUCGAAGGAUCGUGCAUGCUGCUGGUCACGAAGCGGCUUUGAUCUGGACCGUCCCGGGCCAAGUCCUUGUCCCCCUGUUCUUAAAGGACAUACAUGUGAUGACUGAGAGGAUCAACCGUGUUAGAAACAGGGAUUCUGUCAGUCGUAUGCGGAAACUGAACGCAGUACUCCAUUUGCAGCGAGUACUCCGGGAAAUUGCAAAGGAAUGGACAAAUUGCAACUCAGAUAACGAUACAACCAUCCCUCAGCAUUGGGAUCUAUACGAUCUAGUGGGUAUGUCGAUGAUGCUGGAAGACCGUCUACAAAGGAACCGGGAUACCUCUGAACGCUGUCUCGGGUUGCUGAGCAUUGGUAUGGACAAGGUCAGGCGUGACAUCAAGGACGAUGUGAAAGCUGCUGCAUUAUAUGGUAAACUGAGUCCUCAGGCGCUGCGCAGUCCAAAUUUUGGUAUCCAACUGCGAGUAUUGGAAGAAUAUAUCAUGUAUCUCGAACAGUAA